GGAAAAACAAGCAAACAAAACCAACCGCCGUACUGCGUUUCCUCCUUAAAAACCAUCAUAUUUUUUAUUUAAUUUUUUGUUCCCAAAUUUCAAUCUGACUUGUUGUUUGAUUGGUAUACAUUUGGCGGAAACUGUUUUUACCCAAACAGACCCUUUCACUUCAAAAUCAAAAUUUCUUAAUUAGAUCAAGAACACUUGCAGAAUUUUGAUCCUCCGUUUCUCAUUCACCGUGAAAUUCUACAGGCGAUGGUUUUGUACUUGUUCUGACUUGACGGAACGUUCCUUGGAAUUUCUUUGUGUUUGUGUCAAAUCGUUGUUUUUUUUUUGUCGGGUUUGGGAGGAGUUGUGUACUUUCAUGGGCGAUCCUCGAGAUCGGUCGCCUGAAACAAACGGUGCUGUGUUAGCAGAGAAGCCGUCACUGUGCAAUCAAACGCCGAUUGGUGUGGAGUACUGGCAAAAAGCAGAGCAAGUGGUGGAGAGGAUCAUCGCACGGGUCCAGCGGACUACUGACUCCGAAGAGAGGAGAAAGGCUGUCAUUGAUUAUGUGCAGAGGCUUUUACAGAAUUGCCUUGGUUGCGAGGUAUUUCCCUUUGGGUCAGUUCCGUUGAAAACAUAUCUCCCGGAUGGAGAUAUAGAUUUGACAGCCUUUGGGUGGUUUAAUGUUGACGAGGCUCUGGCCAAUGAUGUUUGUUCUGUCCUUGAAAGAGAAGUUCAUAACCGGGCUGCUGAGUUUAUUGUAAAGGACGUGCAAUUAAUCCGGGCUGAGGUUAAACUUGUAAAAUGUCUGGUACAAAACAUUGUGGUCGAUAUUUCUUUCAAUCAACUGGGAGGGCUUUGUACACUAUGCUUUCUUGAGCAGGUCGAUCGGUUGAUUGGUAACAAUCAUAUCUUCAAACGCAGUAUUAUAUUGAUCAAGGCUUGGUGUUACUAUGAAAGUCGUAUUCUUGGUGCUCAUCAUGGCUUGAUUUCUACUUAUGCUUUGGAGACUUUAGUUCUAUAUAUCUUCCAUCUCUUUCACUCAUCACUAAAUGGUCCUCUGGCGGUUCUAUAUAAAUUCUUGGAUUACUUUAGCAAAUUUGAUUGGGACAACUAUUGCAUCAGUUUGAAUGGCCCUGUCAACCUAUCGUCAUUGCCAGAUGUUGUAGUUGACACACCUGGAAAUGGUGGGGCUGGUCGGUUGCGUAGUAAUGAUUUUCUUAGGGAUUGUGUGGAAAUGUUCUCGGUUCCUUCAAGGGGAACUGAGAACAAUUCACGAACAUUUUCCUCAAAGCACCUUAACAUAGUUGAUCCACUCAAAAAAUAUAACAACCUUGGGCGCAGUAUUAGCAAAGGCAAUUCUUACCGAAUAAGGAGUGCUUUCACAUAUGGGGCUAAAAAACUUGGACAAAUCCUUGCCCAGCCAGAGGAGAAGAUAGCUGAUGAACUUAGCAAAUUUUUCUGUAACACCCUUGAUAGGCAUGGAAAUGGACGGAGGCCUGAUGUUCAAGAUCCUAUCCCAAUGGCUGGACAUAAUGGGCUUGAUACUACCCUUUUUUCAGGUGCUAAAUCAUAUCAUGAAGAUCCAAUGUUUUAUGAAUCAGAAUCUGCUGAUUCAAGUGGCACAACUGGGCCAUUCAAAUUGAUUCAUGAGCGACCAUUAUCUCCUAGAAUCCAUGAUUUCAUGUUAUCAGUGACGGAUAUGACUCUGAAUGGGCCUCAGAGUUCUAGGAGGAAUGGUCCUAAUGGGAGCCCUCUUUCUGAGAUUCGUCUUUCUGGGGAUGCAAAGGACCUUGCAACAUCCAGACUACAAGAUCUAAAGUUAGCAGAUGAUGUGAUUAAGUCUUCUUCUGCUCCUGUUCCCGAGGAGACUGUUGCUCACACACAUAAGCCACAAUUUGCACCUCAUCUUUUUUUCCAUUCCUCAGCCAGGGGAAAUGGAGAAGUGAACGAUGGAAAACCAUAUUUGAAAUUACCUGAAAGCUCUGUUUCUACUGACAAGAGAGUCUCAUCUGGGAUUUCACCCGAACCUGGUGAGGACAAAGGCUCUGUUACCAUUGACCAGGAUGAGGAUUAUUUAACAAAUCCUCAGGCUGUUUCACCUACUGGACGUAUGAAAAAUCGUGCACUCUGGAGUGCAGCUGCUUGGUCUGUGGAGGACCUUCAUCCUGGGUAUUCUAGUUAUCAGAUGCUAGUUGGUACUGGUGGAAGUUCCGAGGCUUCGAAUUCUCUGUCUGAUCUCAGGGGAGAUUACGAGAGUAUUUUAAAUAGUUGGCAUCAUGGUCGCCAGUGGUUCAAGUCUGCCUUGAAUGCCUCUGCUCCUCUAUCUCCUACAACGCCCUCUCAUUUCCAGGGCAAGAAUUCAAGAGAGGUACCAAGGCAGUCAAUGCAGUUCAGGCAGAAUUCAUUCUCCCCUAUGAAUGCCAAUGGCAUCAUCCACAGACCAGUGUUGUACCCAAUGAGUCCACCUGUAUUGACUGGGACAUCCUUUGGUAUGGAAGAGAUGCCAAAGGCUAGAGGGACAGGAACAUACUUUCCCAAUAUGAACCAUUAUAGGGACCGACCUUUGGCAGCUAGGGGAAGGCAGCAAGCACCACCGUGGUCUCCUUGUAGCAAUAUUCAUGUCGUAACUGCCCUGGACACAAAUUUAUCUGAGAGAAGCAGCCGUGAGUUAGGACAAGUGCAGUUUUAUGCAAAGUAUGCUGGUUCAGAUCUUCGCAACUCCGGUUCCCCUGAGGGAAAUUCUCACCCUGGAGCAAAUGGUUUAAUCCAUCUCCCAGAGAGGGCUGUAGAAUAUGGGCCAUUUGGGUACCCACAAUGGGGGGGAUCCUCACCAGAAGGUGUCCGGCCCCAGAAUCCAGAUUUUGCUCUGACUCAAGAUUCAAGAUUUAAUAUCCCCACAGCAGCAAUGCAAACAUCAAAACAAGCAUCGGGCGUGGAUAAGGAUAGGAUUGCUGUACAGUCACAUCAGUUGAACAACUUGAACUUGAAAGACAAAGAUGAUUUCCCACCUUUAUCUAUUUGUCCCCAAUGAGAAGGGAUUAUCUAUAUGUGGUUUGGAGGAAUAGCACAGCAUAUGCUAGCAAAGGAACGUAGCCUUCAGCUUUCUGUAUGCAGCUCCGAGUCCAUUUGGAAGCUCUGUGAAUGGGAUUCAGGAUCUUGUAUUUUUAGUGAAUUUGUAAGCUUACCAAUCAUUUUAACUCUGUGAAAACCUGUAAUCUCUGCUUUAGAAAGAGUUGUUAAUUUAUAGGAUGCUCAAAUCAUGGUUUUGUACUAGGGUUGGCUUGUUGCGGCUGAAAUUGUAGACUAAAGAUGCUGAAGUGCUACCUAGUUCAGCUGUAACUUAACUGCUGGAUUUUCCGAUAGAAUUUUCUCCAGGCAGGAAAAGAAAAAGAAAAAUUUAUUUAAA